UCCGGUGCUGCCCAGGACGGGCAGACGGUGCCUGGUGACGCGGGGCAGGGGCGGGCAUCACUAUGGCGGCUGAGAACAAGUCGAAGGCGCUGACGCGCAGACCGGUGCUGCUUAGCAAGAUCGAGGGCUCGCAGGACGUGGUGAACAUGGCAGCGAUCAUCCCCAAGGAGAACGGCGUUAUCAGCGUCAGUGAGGACAGAACAAUUCGAGUGUGGAUAAAGAGAGACAGUGGUCAAUAUUGGCCGAGCGUUUACCACUCAAUGACGACCUCAUGUUCGUGCAUGUCCUUUAAUCCGGAAACAAGAAGGCUCUCUGUAGGAUUGGACAACGGUACUGUCUCCGAAUUUAUUUUGUCGGAGGAUUACAACAAAAUGACUUCUGCAAAGGACUACCUGGCUCAUCAGAACCGAGUGACAAUGGUCCUAUUUAUCUUGGAAAUGGAAUGGGUGCUGAGCACAGGACAGGACAAGAGUUUCACAUGGCAUUGUUCAGAGAGUGGCCGAAGGUUAGGUAGCCACCGAACCUCUGCUUCAGCCUCCUGUCUGCAAUUUGACAUUGAAACACGACAUGUUUUUGUGGGUGAUUAUUCUGGGCAGGUGACAAUAUUGAAGCUCGAACAAGACAAUUGUUCUGUUGUUACAACGUUUAAAGGACACAGUGGUAGCAUCACCGCACUUUGUUGGGACCCAGUUCAACGGACACUAUUCUCAGGCAGUUCUGAUCAUUCCAUUAUUAUGUGGGAUAUAGGAGGAAGAAAGGGAACAGCUAUUGAAUUACAAGGCCACAAUGACAAAGUUCAGUCCCUUUGUUACGCUGUUCAUACUCGGCAGCUAAUCUCUUGUGGUGCAGAUGGUGGGAUUGUUGUGUGGAACAUGGAUGUAAAGAGGCAAGAGACUCCUGAUUGGCUGGAUAGUGAUUCCUGCCAGAAAUGUGACCAGCCUUUCUUCUGGAAUUUCAAACAAAUGUGGGACAGUAAGAAAAUUGGUUUGAGACAGCACCACUGCAGGAAGUGUGGCAAUGCUCUAUGUGGGAAAUGUAGCUCCAAGCGGUCCUCUAUCCCAUUGAUGGGAUUUGAGUUUGAAGUUAGGGUCUGUGACAGCUGCUAUGAUUCAAUAACAGAUGAGGAAUGCCUUGUCAACACUUAUCAAAAUUGUCGGGCACCCACGGCAACUUUCCACGAUAGCAAGCAUCACGUGGUCCACAUGGCAUUUGAUGUAACGAGAGGCUGGCUGCUGACAUCGGGGAAUGACCGGGUAAUCAAGCUUUGGGAUAUGACUCCUGUGGUGUCGUGAUGUCUUCUCGCUGAUGAUCGUAAGGGAUUCUGUCCAAUGCGCUAAUCUGCUCAUGGAGGAUCAGUCAGCAACACUAAUGAAGAGUUAUGGCUUUGACAGGGAACAUAGGAAUUUGAUAUUUUCUAAAGCAGCCUUCCAAACCUUGAUCAAUAUCUGUCGAAGUUUAAAGGUUGCACAGUGAUUCCGGCAAAUCUUGGCUACAAGAAUUAAAGUACGGUUUUCAAGAGGGUCAGUUGUACAAUUAAGACGUUUGUAUGAUUUUCUGUCAUUUUUUUGAUAGACAUUACUGAUUUUUGUUGGCUGUUUUAAAAAAAAUAUUGUGGUGAUAGGUUCUUGUCCGUUCAUGACUUUGUGUUUAUGUUUUUCUCCUGUCGCUUCCUGGUGAGCGAAUGUGUGAUGUUGGAGAGAUGUCUGGUUUUGUUUUGCUAAUAUACUUUGCAAUAGUUGUACAGUUGUUUGUGCUGAGAAAUCAUAAAAUGCUAAUAUAGGAUUUUCCCAAAGCAGAGUGAAAGAGAAACUAAUGACAGGAUUGCAGUAGAAAAUGUAUAAACUUAAUUUGUGUAAGACGGAACUGCAGAUACUAGUUUAAACUGAAGAUAGCCACACAAAGCUGGAGUAACUCAGCGGGGCAGGCAGCAUCUCUGGAGAGGAAUGGGUGACGUUUCAGGACGAGACCC